AUGUUGCUCACAGCUGCUCUUGCCCUCGCGGCAGUAAGCCGCCUCGUCGACGCUGCCGCGGUGGCGAUUGACACGAGAGCCGUCGUCGAUGGCGAGCCGACCACGGUGGACCGGACGCUGCUCUUCCAGCCGCCCGACAACUACACGGAUCCCCGGACGCUCUAUGCGCGAACCGUCGAGCUCUCAGACGGCAAGCUCCUGGCCACGUGGGAAAACUACUCGCCCGAGCCCCCUCCGGUCUGGUUUCCCAUUUACGAGUCCUUGGACUAUGGGCAGAGCUGGACCGAGAUCUCUCGCGUCCAGGACCAAGUCUAUGGUUUUGGUCUGCGAUAUCAGCCGUUCCUCUAUGAGUUGCCACAGGCGUUUGGCGACUACCCAGCUGGUACCGUGCUGCUGUCCGGAAGUGCCAUUCCUACAAAUCUGAGCGAGACGAAUAUUGAGCUUUACGCCUCAAGGGAUCAAGGUCUCACUUGGGAAUUCGUAUCGCAUAUUGCACACGGAGGUGUUGCACUGCCCAACAAUGGCGAGACUCCAGUCUGGGAGCCCUUCAUCUACGUCUACGAAGACACCUUGAUCGUUUACUACUCGGAUCAGCGUGACCCCAACUACGGCCAGAAGCUGGUGCACCAGGAGACAACCGACCUGGUCAACUGGUCCGAUGUCAUUGACGACGUCACCCACUCGACUUACACGGACCGUCCUGGUAUGCCCGUGGUUACAAAGCUUCCCAACGGCCAAUACUUUUAUGUUUACGAGUACGGCGGCACGUCUAUCACGACCGACUACUCGUUCCCCAUCUACUACCGCAUCGCCGACGACCCACGGCAAUUCGCCGACGCGGCCGACCACUACGUCAACGCGUCGGGCUACAUACCCGUCAGCAGCCCGUACGCCGUGUGGUCGUCGGUGGGCGGCGAGAACGGCAGCAUCGUGGUGAGCUCGGGUCGGCAGCCCCUCUUUAUCAACCGCGCGCUCGGCGACCCCGACGCCUGGGAGCUGUACGACGACUUUGACCAGCCCGCCGCCUAUACCCGCAGCCUGCGUGUCCUGGCCGAGGACGACGACUUCUUGCUCGUCGCUGGUGCGGGUGUCUUGCCCCCGAGCACUACGAACAAUGUCACGGUGAGCGUGUAUAAGAUCUCGGAGAUCUUGGGACUGUAA